AUGGAGAAUAACUUCGAUACCGAUACAAAGCAGCUACCGCCCCAUAGCUUCUUGCCGAUUCCAGGCCGCUACCAAUAUCGAUCAGAUCGCGAUCCUCUCGAAAUACCGGAAGCCGGGAGAGAAGCUUACUACGACUAUGGAGAGGUUAAAGCCGCCAUGUGGUCAGAAACACCGAAGAGAAACAUCGUCUAG